CCCCUCAGAGCUCAGGCAGGCACAUGUUUCCUCUCUCCUCUCCGCUCUUUAACAAAGUAGGCUAUAUAAGGGCCAAUCAUUUAUUUCUUCCAGCACAAUACUGGCCGGUGUAGGUUUGCUAAUAGCCUCAAACCAAUAUCUAAAGUCAAACUAAAGGGCAGGUUUGGGUUGGUCUCUCCUCACGGAGUCGGCAGAGGACAGCGAUGCGGACAGAGAGGAUGACGCACACGUUUAACCAGGAUUCUGAUCUGAUGGAAAGAUGUGGAGCAGGAGGACGCAGAAGAGGACCGCACUGAAGCCGCAGGCAUUUCUUACUUUUUUGACCGUGACUAUUGGCGAAACGCUUCUCAUGUCCUACCCCCUUUUUUAUUCUCAUUCACAGACAUUUUCAGUUUUUUGUAUGAUUUAUUGAACAAUAAAUUAGAUCUAAAUAGAGACGAAAAUAUAUCAUUUUACUGGUGGUUAUUUACACAUUUACGCACUGUUAGAGAAGAAAACGGAUUUUCUUAAUUUGUAUGGAUUUUGGACCACUUUGCCCAGGCCACACCCCUCCACACAUUUGUCACAGAUGUACCAAUCCUUAUCUGUAAAUACUUCUUCCUGGAAUUUAUAAAACAUUAACUCAUCAUCACCCUCCGACGCUCUCUGUUUAACUGGAGUAGAUGCGGAUUACUCUCUGAUCAGAUCGGGUCCGUUUGUGAGUCUCAUCAUCACACUGCCAAGAUGAAUUCAAAAGCAAGGGUUCUCAUUUUCCUGCUUUGUAUCACUGGCAUUGGUGUGUUUUUGAGAGGACAUGUUUCAGAAUAUCUCCUCCAGUUUCAGGACAAAAAGCCCUGUGCUUGUGACACGUGUUUAGUAGAAGAUGAGUGGUUAUUGCAGCGUGCCAACAAAUCUGCUGAAUCAUUUUUAUCAGCAAAACACAACCUCUCAGAGGACGCUUUCAACUGGUGGAAGCACUUACAGGCUGAAAGGCGCAACUACAGUUUCUACAAGCAAACAGUGGACAAGCUGUUUCAGACAUUCCCAUCCAGUCCCGAUUUUAUAGAACGAAGCCCUGACCGCUGCA